AGCGCUGUUACAAUUUCACAGCACAUAAUCACACAGUAGUGUUGACGGAAAUGAAAUGUAGUAAUCAUAGUUUUCCAGAGGUCGACUAAGUAUAAGAAACUGACAUUUUAACUUCGUGUUUGUAAAAAUGCCGGUGUAUGUAUUUAAGGUUUAACAGCGCUGCCCGUCCCGGGUGACUUCACUAACAUGUCAGUCGCGUGUGUGAGAUGAUGAGAAGACUCUGGUGUGAGAACAGAAGUCAGUCCUGCAGUGACAUUACUUCAAACAUAAAGCCGUCUGUUGACUCGACCGGCUCAGGCUGCUGCGAUGCAGCGCUGCUCUGACCCCCCGAGCGCGGUAGCGGAUCUGAGCUGCAGCGGGUUGAAGUACCGCGUUCUGGUCGGAGUCACCGGUAGCGUCGCAGCGCUUAAAGUGCCUUUACUGGUGUCGCAGCUGCUUGAAAUCCCAGAGAUUGAUGUACGUGUAGUUACCACAGACAGAGCCACCCAUUUUUACAACAUUGCUGCUGUUCCUGUCCGCGUCUACACAGACGCAGAUGAGUGGGAGAUGUGGAGAACGCGCUCAGACCCUGUGCUACACAUCGAGCUGAGACGAUGGGCCAACCUGCUAGUCAUAGCUCCACUGGAUGCCAACACUCUUGGCAAGAUAGCCAGCGGUAUCUGUGACAACCUCCUGACAUGUGUGGUACGAGCCUGGGACACAAGCCGUCCUCUGCUGUUCUGUCCUGCUAUGAACACAGCCAUGUGGCAGCAGCCAAUAACUGCCCAGCAAGUGGCCACCCUUCAAGGCUUUGGAUAUGUAGAGAUCCCCUGCAUUGCUAAAAAACUGGUCUGUGGAGAUGAAGGUAAAGGUGCAAUGGCCGAAGUGUCGACUAUUGUAGAGACAAUCCAGCAGUACCUUCCCAAGCCAGCUGUCUAAUCACGACCAAAAGAGCACUCUGGGGCCUCCAGGAAGAAGGUUGUAAAUGACUAUGAGUCUGGAAAGGGUUUAAGAAGAUAUCUGAAAUGUUGGAAAUCAUUCCAGAUCUGGAAGAUCAUCUAAAAGUGGAGAAGAUUUAAAACCACUGACAACCUGUCUAGGCCAGGCCUCCCCAUCAAAUUUAACCUGAGAGCAGACCAUAAGAUGCUAAAAGAAGUCUCUAAGAACCCCAAACUUUCAUCACAGGAUCUGUAGGUUGCUCUUGCCACUAUUGAUGUAAAAGUGCAUGCAAAAAGACCCUCAUGGGAAGUGCACCAGGAGAAAGCCUUUGCUGCUUAAAAAGAAUAAUGGAGCAGGACUAAAGUUUGCUACUUAAUAUCUAGGCAAGAACCAGGACAGAAUUUCAUUAGAAGAACCUCAUACUAAUUGUAAAGUGACAGAAAUAUUUAAUUAAACAUUCCUGAUUAAUAAUCAAUAAACUAAAUGUUAUCUUACUUGAGCAUUUGGAAAUCUCCUGAAAAAAGGUAACCUUGGGAAGCAGGCUAUAGACUGCAUGCAUUUGGGCAUAUCACCUCUAAAGGGGAUGAACUCAAUGAACCCUUGAACUCACUAAAACGAAACUGUACAAAGUGUAGCUACUAAUUAGGGCUGAAAGGAAGGGAAUUGUUGGAUGACAGUAUAAACUAUAGCUGAGGUAAAAACUAAUUAAAGGGGAAUUUUGUUAGAUGACAGUAUAAAUUGUAGCUGAAGUAAACUCCUGAACUUGGGUGAAGUUGCUAUGUAAGAUGACCUUGUGAGGAUGAAACAACCAGGUCAUAAUGGUUUUAAAAAAAUGACAUCAUGUGCGUUUGGUUUUAAGGGUUGCCAAAAAGAGUGCAGGGUUUGGAUAUAAUGGGGACUAAGAUGAUAUAGAAUUGUGUAAAAAGGGGUGAGGUGAUUACUUCACCACCCCAAAAAGGAUAUAAAAAAGGGAUGCUUCGUGAUGACAUUUGCAUUGUGUCCGGGAACCACCUUGCCACUUAAAGCUCAAUAAAGAGAAGGCCUUUUCCUUCCUUCUA